CUCUUCUGGAAGAGAAUGUUCAUCAUUCUGUUCAAAAUUUCUGGCGCGCACCAGACACUGCUGGUGGGACAUCAACCGCCAUGUUUCUUGAUGCAUUGACUGAUGCACGGGCUGCCAUGUUCGUCCCUAACGUGGAGCUAGCAAAGCUAGAGCGCAUAUAUAUAUAUAGAGAGAGAGAGAGAGAGACUUCGUCCUAUAUACAUACCAAGAGUUCCUAUUCGAAUCAUUAGCAAAAAUGAAGGAUUCCAUUCUCCCAAAUAAAUUUUUGCUAUAGGAAAUGCAGACCCUCCAAAAUUCUCAACUCCAUUUGGCUUCGUGGAAAUCUGAUCCAGUGAUUGAACCUACAAACUUCUACUUCUGUACUGGGAUCUCGUUGCGAGUUUCUGUGUUUUUCUUCUUAAAUGUUUUUUUAUUAUUAUUUGGGUUGGACCCCACUGGCACACCAUCUUUGUAAAGAAGAGUCUGGUUCUCGUGUUCUCCGAAGGUCGUCAUCGACCCAUAACCCAUAGCCAUGGCUGCCGCGUCUCUCCAACUCCAACGCUUAUUCUCCAUCCUCUUUCCCUCGAAACCACCAACCACUACCGCACGACCACCGGGUCUCCAUCUUCCCAAGAAGCCCACAUCUGGGUGGGUCCCCCUAGUGGCCACCCGGGACCCCACAAUUUCCGCUCCUCCUUCAACCUACGAUUACGACGUCAUCCCCACGCUGUACCCUGCACUCGCGCACUCGAACACCCUUUUCUUCAAAUCUUCGUACAACGUCCAAAUCAUAGUGGGUGAGAACGAGCCCGAAGAGAUAUUGCUGUACCGGUUCAGGAGGGAGGUCUUGAAGGCCGGCGUGAUCCAAGAGUGUAAAUGGAGGAGGUUUUUUGAGAACACGCAGGACAAGAAGAAGAGGAAGGCACGUCAGGCUGCCAGAAGGAACCGAAAGAGGCGCCCACAACCAAGAGAUCUGAUGCAGGCUAAACAGGAAACCCCUAGGAAGAAAAAGAACGAGGAAGAAGAUGAUAACUGGGAAGAUUAUGAAGUAAAUCUUCCAUACUGUUGAUGCCAUAUGACAAUGAAGAAUGAAGUUUUCGAAGAGGCUUUGGUUUUUGACUCCAUUAAUGUUCAGGAGAGUGCUUUUGUGAAGCUGCUUGUAGUUCAACCUGUUGUUGUGUAGACUUUUAUAUUGUAUUUAGCUGUCUAUUUGGGGAAAAUUUUUAUUUGAAAGCCAAUAUGGAGGACACACAUUCUACAUCAAUGACAUAAUAUGGAUUUGU